AUGGCGCGACGGUACGAGAUCGAUGAGCUGAUAUGGCUUCGCGGCUCGCCCCUCGUCGCAAAGCCUCCCGGCCUGCCUCCAAUUGAAGAGUGGAUGCCUCAACCUGAUCCGACAACCGCACAACGAAAAACCCAUGGCACCCGUGAUACCAACAAUCCGACUGAAACCGAGGACAUUGUACUCGGCCCCCCGAAAACCGCGUUCGCCUCAUCUCGCAUUGGCGGCAAAGGAUCGUUCGAUCUGACGGACCGACCAGCGGCGCAGCCCAAUAACUCGGAUGAAACGAAGAACGACCGAUUCAACUUCAGAGACAGGUUCCUCAAGGAUCGCGAUGUCCCGGAUAAGGAGUUGGAUCGACGGGAGGCCAAGCCAGCACCAUUGAGUGCCCGGCGUGGUGAGCGAGAAGACUGGAAUGCCGGGCGCCCACGUCGCACAUUCGGUCCAGAUGAGCAGGAGCGUAAACCCAGACGAAACGGAGAGUUCGACAGAUGGGAAAACAAAGAAGCACCCCGCGAUCCUAAUGCCGAACGGGUUCCCCGUGACAAAGAUGGCCGUUUCCCCACUCGAAAAGAAGGACAGCCCCCGCGAUCCAAAUAUGAAGGAAGCUGGUUCCGCGACGAACAGGGCCAAGAGGGUGCCAGUCCGGCUGUUGAUGUUGAUGACGAUAAACCGCCCUUGCGCAACCGAGAAUGGCGCCAAAACCAGACCCGACACGGCACCGAGCGUGAGUGGAACCGCGGUGCCAAAUUUGAACAAGAACCCGAAUGGCUGGAUGCCAAUGACCGAGACGAACCGCGACGAGCACACACACAGGAGGAUUUUGAGCGCUGGAAAGAACGUAUGAAGGCUGGAUCUGGACCAUCCGCACAAACUCCGGCACAUGCCGAGGAAAAGAGAGAAGCACACGUUGAAGAGCAAAAGCCAGAGGCCCGUCGUACUGAUGGUGAGAUUUUCAGUAAUUCUGGUGCUCAGUUCAUGUCCGACGAUUCGAUGGAACGAUUCUUCGGGCUCCUGGGUGAUUCGAAGGCGCAGCCUCAAACCCCAGAAGUUAGUACUCCUGUCGCUGCAGACCCAAUCGUCAAAAAGGAACCCUCCCCCUUUCCCGGAAAACCUGGAAAAUCAUCUCGUUUCGCUGGUCUCUUUAGUCCCAUGCCAGAGAGCCCUGUCAGAGAGCCCGAACCAACGCCUUAUUUCAAUGCCCCGCCACAGCACCAGCCCCAGCAUUAUCAGCAGCCCCAGCCGGCACCCGAAAGUAUGUCUUUCCCAUCCUACAGUGCGGACCAAGAAGGCUUCCAGCGCAUAUUGCAAAUGCUUGGUGGGCAACGUUCGGAGAAUGCUACGCCUCACGAGAUGGGUAUGCCGCAGCAACAACGGACAAUGUCCAUGAUGCACGCCGAGCAGCAACAUGCGGCUCUAUCUCUGUCAUCUCCCUCCAGGGAACACCCUCACCGAUCCGAUUACAUGGGACCUGGCCCCGAGAAUCCCAUGGCUCAAGGUGGCCCCAAGGAUCCCCAGGCACUGGAGAGAGCGCACUUGCUUCGUUUGAUGCAGCAAGUCCGAGUCGGACCACCGCCUGCGGGCCAUUUAUCCCAGCAGUCUCCCAACCAGGGUAUUGCCCCACCUCCCGGUCUGAUGCCAGAGGGCAUGCCACGGCCUCCGCCAGGGCUUUCUGCUCAAAAGACGCCCACUUUCCUCGACGACCCGGCAAUUGCAAACAUGCAGCGACCAGAUAGCGAGCACCUCCGCCGGCGACCUGCAAAUGGUCCGCCUAUGGGAUUCUUUGACGAUAUGCCGUUCCCUCAGGGUAAUCAAGGGCCGAUGACCCCAGCGACCCCCGGGUCUCGAACAUCUGCCACCCCCUGGAUGGACUGGCCAGCCUGUCCCCCAGCAGGGAAAUGUACCAAGCCCCAUGGGCCCUCCUGGAAUAUCCACUCCAGGCCGCGGCAUGAACCCCAACUUCCCCCUGGCAUGCUUCCUAUGCCCGGCAACGCGCCUCCAAUGAAUGAGCGCCAAGGCUUCCCUCGCGGCCUGCCUCCAGGCAUGAUGCCCCCUCCGGGCUAUCUGAACGGUCCUCCCCCAGGCUUCCCUCCUAUGCCACCAAACCCCGAGGCCAUGAUGGGACUUGGCCCCGGUUCUCAGGGCCCCUUCGGACCUGGCAAUCCUGGCCCACAAGGCCCUCCCCCUUCGUCUAGACACCUCCUGGAGAUGUUCGGCCAGUCCAAUGGCGGUGACGUCCGUGGUGGCAUGGUCGGUCCCGGCCAGUUCAGAUAA